UCCAUCAUUCCAUCCGGCUCACCUGCCGUCCUUCCACCAGAGGAAGGAUGGACGCAUCACUUCCUGUCCGUCACAGGCUCUAGAGAUUAGAAACCCCUCGACCUACAGGGAAACUCCAUUUCCCAGCAUGCUUCACCACAGGGAGGCCGCCCAAAGGCAGGGCCAUUACACUCCUCGACCAAUCCUCAAUCCAAUCCGGCAGGGGGCGGGGCUAUACUCCUCCGCUUCGCCUCUCAGUCCCAGCCCAAGGGAGAUGGUCAGAGGGGGAGAUGUAGAGGAACAGUAUGCUGAAGCACCGUGUAUCAACGUCGGUCCUAACUUCCAGGCAGAGCUCCCCACCUGCCACCCAGAGUGGGAGGAGUCACCCUUCCCCAUGGAGGAAGCGUCGCCGAGGGAACAGUUGCUAUGGAAACCGUUCCCCCUGUUGGAAGAGAGUGUCGUCGUGCAGGAUCACGUUGAGCAGCUGCUGUCAAUGUGUAAUUCUAGCUGCCUGCCAGGAGGGGGGGCCAACACAGAGCUGGCACUGCAUUCCCUGCAUCACUGCAACGGAGACACAAUGGCUACCCUGGAGAUGUUGCUGCUGUCGUUGCACACGGCGGCCGGAGACUACCACUACUCUGGCAGCGACAUGUGGACCGACCAGGAGAGGGCAAUGUUCAGCGAAGGCCUGAGGACUCUGGGCAAAGACUUCUCCUCCAUACAGAACAUGGUGAGAACCAAGAGUGUGCGUCAGUGUGUUGAGUUCUACUACCUGGGUAAGAGGCUGGUGGACAUGCAGCGGAGACAGGCCAACAGACUGAUAGCGGUGGAGGCAGCUGAAGCCAUGGAUCAGCAGGUGACCCCUGUCCCCCAACCAAUGAGGACGUUGGUUGGACCGGAACGGGCGGUACCUGCUCCAUCGACUACCAUCUUCCCUUGUAAAAUGUGUGGCAAAAUGUUCUUCAAGAUAAAGUCGCGCAACGCCCACAUGAAGAUCCACCGGCAGCCGCCGGAGGACUGGAGCGAGCGCCGGCUCCAGCCCCAGCUCCUCGCCCACCGGCUCAACAGCCUCGCCCCCAACCUGGGGGGCAGUGGUGCUCUACUCCAGCCCCAGGCUUCUCCCCGGGCCUACUCCUACCAAGGCCUCACUCUCCCCUCCAACAACAACAGCAACAACACUCAUCCAGACAGUGUUUUGAACUCGUUUGGGGUAAACAACGACCACAGCAGCGGCGGCAGCGGUGUUGCUCAUGCAAGCGACAUGCGCAUUAGGAAUGGCAUUAGCACUUUAUCAGCUUUUGGCAACAUGAGCGAGACGAACCCUCAUGAUGUUCUUGGGGGCGGGGUCAGUGACUCUGCGGCCAAUCAGAGAGGGCCUCCGAAUGUUCGGUCACCUGUCCAUUCACCCUGGACUCAGUGGACGGGUUAAGAACCUGUGGAAUCAAGUCGGCUCAGGGGUACUUCGAAUAAUUUUUUAUAGUGAGAUAUCUUUUGCCAGAGCAAAAGAGUUACAUUUUUUGCAACCCUGUUUUUUGUAUGAAAUGUUUACUUUUAGGGGAGCUCUGAGGCCCGUACUGUUUUUACAAAGAUGUGUUAUUGCAGUACGCUGAGUAUUGUGGACUGAAAGUUUCCAUCAGUUUGGAUCCACAUCAAUUCAUUGCACGCUCAGCUUGACGCACACACACACACACACACUCACACACACACACACACACACACACACAUGACACACACACACACACACACUCACACACACACACACACACACACACACACACACACACACACACAUACACUCACCUAGUUCUUAUACAGUGCUCAAAUGGGUUAAUAUUGACCUUGGUGAAACAUCUACGGUUGAUGUUAAACGGUGUGUGUGUGUGUGUGUGUGUGUGUGUGUGUGUGUGUGUGUGUGUGUGUGUGUGUGUGUGUGUGUGUGUGUGUGUGUGUGUGUGUGUGUGUGUGCGUGUAUGUGUGUGUGUGUGUGUGUGUGUGUGUGGGGGGGGGUUCUGUGUAUGAGUGAGUGAGUGAGUGUGUCUUGUAGAUAGAUAGUUUCAUGCUUUUUCUUUAGAAAACUUUACUAAAACAGGAUUCAACUGCACUAAACAAAGUUCUUGAAAUAUUAUUCAAUAGUUCUAAAUGGAACGUUAUUAAAACAGUAUUAACAAAAGAUAAUAAACAGAACAAUGUUAAACCAGCAUUAUUGUGGAUAACCAUUAGUUGUCUGCUCUCUCUUGGUCAUUCAGCUUCCUCCUCCUAAUCUUUCUCCAGUGAGGAGUUUAAUGAAGUGAGUUAGACCUUCUCCUGCUUUCCUACCAGGGGAUUGUACUCCCUUGACCCUGCAUGUGUGUGAACCCACAUGCGUGGGUUC